CACUAAUUUUAAUGUAUGUAAGCAUCAGCAAGAGAUAUCCGAUAUAAAGCCUGCACGUCCGAGCAACAGCACAACUUUGUUGGCCAGAUAACUUAUUCAACAUGGGAAAGAUAAUCUUCUAUGAGGAUCGUAACUUUCAGGGCCGCCAUUAUGAGUGCAGCUCUGAGUGCCCAGAUUUGACCUCAUUCUUCCACCGCUGCAAUUCAAUCCGAGUGGAAAGUGGUAACUGGAUCCUGUAUGAGAACCCCAACUAUAGAGGACACCAAUAUUACCUUAGCAAAGGAGAAUUUCCUGAUUUUCAGCAGUGGAUGGGUUUCAAUGACUCCAUCAAAUCCUGCCGUGUUAGCCCACAGCACCAAGGUUCAUUCAGAGUAAAGGUCUACGAGAGGGAGGAUUUCCGAGGUCAGAUGAUGGAGUUCACUGAAGAUUGUCCUCAUGUCUAUGAAAGAUUCCGUUACAAUGACAUCCACUCCUGCCAUGUGCUUGACGGUUACUGGAUGUUCUAUGAGGAGCCCAACUACAGGGGCCGUCAGUAUUACCUGAAACCUGGAGAGUAUAGAAGAUACUCUGAUUGGGGUGCCAAUAGUCCCAGAAUUGGCUCAUUCAGAAGACUCCAUCAUUUCUAAUUUACUGCGUAAAUAAGUGAAUAAUUAUGUAAUUCUGCAUUAAAUAAAAUCAUUGAAAAUCAAAGCUAA